AUGUCGUCCAAUAAGCGGGGCAACAUUUUUGACCAGGGGAGGCCCGAAAACCCCUACGACGAUCGCGAUGAAGUCGCGGAUGUGCCCCAGAAGGCGACGGCAGCACAGCUGGCAGCCCGCAAAAUCAAGACCGCGAAAGCCCGACGACCAGCAGGCGCCACCUCCGGUCUAUCACAGAGCGCGAACUUUGGCGCACCACAACAAAACGCCUUUGGCUUCGGCGCCUCAACACCCGCCCCCGCGAGCAACGGCGCGAACGGCUUCGGUGGCGGCAAUGCCUUCGGCGGCGGCGCGACCAACAGCUUCCCACCCGCGCAGUCCGCUGCCCCGAGCAACAACUUCGCUGCCUCGUCUUUUCCAGCGUUCGGAGGAAGCAACCAGGGCACAGGCUUCAACCCUACACCGCCCUCGUCUGCGGGCUUCAACUUCACAGCUGGAGGUGCAAACCCAUUCGCGACGGCCAACUCGGGACCCGCGACCAAUGGCAGCACGCCUGCGCCCGCAUUUGGGGGAUCGUCCAUGUUCGGCAACAACGACCAGGCGCAAAGUAAUCCGUUUGGCGGCCUAGGCCAGAACAACACCACAAGCGCAGCCUCAUCAGGCGGUAUGUUCGGUACUACCAGUUCAGCUCCCACAGGCGGUAUGUUUGGGUCGUCCAGCGCUGCGCCUACUGGAGGCAUGUUUGGAACGUCGAGCGCUGCACCAUCAUCAGGAGGUAUGUUCGGUACAUCCACCGCCGCUUCUUCCGGCGGAAUGUUUGGUACAUCUAGCGCUGCGACCUCAGGUGGUAUGUUUGGCACCACCAGCGGCGCCCCAAACGCUACGAGCACCGCCGCUCCCGCAUCCACACCCUUCACGUUCGGCGCCGCAACGACCACAGCCUCGAACACCGCGAGUACGCCGGCGACGAGCGGUAUCUUCAGCGGAUUUGGCAACUCAACACAGUCUACGGCGCCUUCACAACCAAGCACGUUCGGCGGCUUUGGUGCCAAUGCGCAGAAGGAAGAUGCCUCCAAGCAGGCGGCUGCGCCCCAAAACAACAUGUUUGGUGGUUUCGGUUCCAACGAACAGAAGACGGAGGGUACCUCGGAAAUGCCCAAGCAGAACAACUUCUUUGGAGGCUUGGGUACGAGCGCGCAAGGCACGCCAAAUGCUACGGCCACCGCUCCUGCGUCGAAUCUAUUCAACUUCGGCGCGAAUGCGCAGAAGUCUAACAGCACGACGUCAAGCGCCCCUCCAACAAACCUCUUUGGUUCUGCUCCGUCCAGCAAUCCGUUCGCAAACCUCCCGACCGCCGAGAACACGUCUUCUGGAGCAGCUGCACCAACGAACCUGUUCAGCAGCCUCAAGAAGCCUGAAGAGUCUGGCAGCAGCCUUUCUGCCGAUACCCCCAAGUUCAACCCGUUCGCGGCACUUCCCAAGCCAGCCGACACACCUACCACUACAGGAAGCAGUUCAGGUUUCAGCAUAUUUGGUGCCAACAAGGAUGCGGGCGCAGCAACAGUGAAGGCUCCCGAAGCGCCAAAGUCAAGUCUAUUCCAGCCGUUCAGCACACCACAGCCAGCGAAGACAACCGACGUGGAGAAGUCUCAAGGGGGCAUGUUCACUGCUGCUCAACCCAAAACCAGCUCUGGCCUCUUCUCCCAAACGUUCCAGCCCGAGAGCAACAAUUCCAACAAUUUGUUCAAAAAGCCACAGUCAAGCUUCCCCCCUGCAUCGACAUCGGCAUCAGAAACACCCAAGGCUGCACCUGAGGCUUCCAACCCCUUUGCCUCUUUGCCCAAACCUUCGACAGAUCGUCCCAACUUGUUCAGCGCUUCGAAGGAACCCUCGCAACCCUCCCCUGCGCCGGCCACAUCGAUCUUCAACAGUACUACCUCCGAGUCGAGGGGAGAAUCGCAGGCAUCUGAGAUGCCCAAGGUUCCCAAGGUGCACGUUCCCAAAGACUGGGCUGUUCCAGGUGCCGUUCGCGCGCAGAGCAGCGAUGGCCUACUGAAGCAGAUAUCCGAUCUGACUGCUCAACUGCAAAUGUUGAACAAAAAGUACCGACAACAGCUGAGCAACCUUCCUCCCACGGCAGACUGGUCAAGCGUGUCGCUUUGGCACUACCAGCAUGCGGUCGACAUUAAGAAGAAGAUCGACAACGUGAAGAAGCAACGUGCAGCCGGACGAGGUAUCACCGGCAAUGAAUCAAGCUUGUCCACGAAGCGCAAGGUCAACGAUGACAGCCACGAAGUCCGCGAUCCAUCCCCUUCCAAGCGAGCUCGUGCGACGGAAGCAUCUGCUGGUCCGACUCCGCAGCUCUCGGCUUCUACACCGAAGCUCAGUGCCCCAGCCACGGCGACAUCAAACAUGUUUGCCAAGGCGAUCGGAAACAAGCCCUCUACACCUGCGCCAGCGUCAUCGACAAGCCUGUUCGCCCCAAAGACAGCUGAAAAGUCCGCCACCGAGCCCUCGCAGCCAGCUGCAUCGACUCCCGGUUUCGGUUUCAAGCCCUCAGUUCCCACUAACGGUGCAGAAACUUCGGCAGCCUCGUCUGGCUUCAAGCCAAGCUUCGGUGCUUCCUCCACCAGUACAUCAGGUUCUGCUGGUUUCAAGCCAAACUUCGGCAGUGCUCCGGCAGGCGGCUUUAUGGCUCAGUUCACUAAGACCGCGAAGACUUACGAGGAACUCGCCGCAGAACGCAAGAGGAAGGCUAUGGAUGAGGACUACGACUCAGAUGAUGAGACCAAGGAGGAGUGGUCUGCCAGGUACGACAAGGCUGAGGCUGACCGUCUCGCCAAGGAGAAGGAGAUUGCUGCCUCGACCAAAUUCGUGUUACCUGGUAGUACUUCUGGAAGUACUUCACCCAAGGAGAACCCGUUCACUGGACUUUUGAAGCCUAAGAGCGGAGUUUCCACUCCCAAAGCUCCCAGCCCGGCGCCGUCUACAGGCAGUCAAUCGGUUUUCAACGCCUCCACGUCGCAAGCAUCAUCCCCCAAUAUCUUCGGCCACCUAUCAGGUCCUUCUUCCAGCAACCAGGAAGAGUCGGAUGACGACGACCAACAACAAGACAAUGCUGGGUCAGCAGAGCCGCCUUCGCCUCCGAAGCGCUCGGUCGAUGCAUCGGAGACCGAAUCCGAAGAUACCCAACAGCACAAUCAGCAGGAGUCAAGUUCCAAGGGCAGCUUGUUCUCAAGGAUCACCAGGGAUAAUGAUUCCGAGGCAGAGAAGGAGAACAGUGGCGCCUCUUCUCUGUUUGGACAGAGUAACGGUACUACAACUCCUUCCAACAAACCUUUCCAGUUCUUCGAUUUCGGUGCUGCAUCCAAGACCGCGCCGCCGAAGACCGACACGUUUGCCGGCGAUCAGACUUUCAAGGCGGGUACUCCGAUCAAGUUUGGCGGAGCUCCUGCUACUGAGAAGAAGGACACUGCACCUAAAUUUAACUUCCAGCCUGCUACUCCUGGUGCUGGCGAGUUCUCCACAACGCCGGCGAAACCACCACCCAGCUCGAUCUUCAAUUUCGCCCCGUCCACAGGUGGAUCUUCGCUUUUCGCUCCAUCCGGUGGUAACUCUGUGACCUCGUCUGUAUUCUCUUCGCGCGCAAACACGCCUCUCUCUGAAGCUGGCGAUACCAGUGCCGCGUCUGCAGCAGAAGAUGACGAAGAGGGCGGCAAGCAAGAACAGAUUGACUUGACCAAGUUGACUGAGGAUGAGCUCAACACUUACGACAUUGUCUUCCACACUGAAGUCGUACUCGCCAAACACCAGGAGGGAGAGAAGGGCUGGACGAACAUAGCAAAGGGCCCGCUCUGGAUCCUCAAGGACAAACAGACGGGCAAAUGCUCUGUGCGAGUGCGCAUCCCCAGCGGUGCCACCCCAGUCAACUACCAGAUCCUACCUGCGCUGCCUGCCACCGUCACUGGCGGUAGCAAGAAGAUGGUCAUGGCGACCAAGCCUGCCAAGGAAGGCGGACUCCAGUCUGUUCUUUACGCAGUCAAGACGCCUGAGAUCGCACAGGAACUCGCAGCGAAGUACACAGAGUGUGUACCUAAAUCGCAGUAA